UAGAAAAGCAGCGUCCAAACUCCUAUGCAACUGCGGGAAAACUGACAACUUAAAGCCUUCCGUAUUUUAUGUUUAACCUUUUUUAAAAGCGACACCAUGACAUCGCCUGCUAAUGAAAUUGAAAAAGUGCUCGCCGAUCGUGAACGACUUGCCGACGAGAUCUUGACGAACAAACAAGCCGUCAUUGACUAUGAUCGGAGGAGGAAUGGAAACCGCGAAGGCUUAAAUCAGUUAACAAAAGGCAACAUGAAAAAUGAAAAGAAAGCAUGGAUCAUGAGUGGUGAUAUGUUUUUCAAGCUACCUGUCAAAGAUGCCAAAGAACAUAUCGAAAAAGACCAAAAGACGUUGACGGAUAAAAUUGAUGCAGCACGGCAAACAAUGAAAGAAAAAACACAAAAGUUGGAAGGAUUCGAUAUGAAGGGAUUUGAUCUGAAGAGUAUAUCGUCUGAAGAUCUGUACGGUAUUACCAAGAAAUAACUACUACUACUACUACUACUACUACUAUAUAUCAUGACUCAAAGAUUUAUUGUUGUAUACUGAGGAUAUGGUGAUAAGAG